UUAUCUUUGGACGAAAAUGUAAACACACAGCUAGUUUCUCCUAUUCAGCCUUAGCUACUUUCCCUUCAGCUUUAGCUCUAGUUCUGUAGACUCAAUUCUUCUCCAUUGCUUCUGUAAUUCCUCUCUUUCCCCUGUAAUUCAUCUCCUUCGCCAGAUUCCUCCAUCAAAGAUCUUUACAAGUGGUAUUCAGAGCCUGUAAUCUGGCAAUGGCUAUCAACACCACACGAAUCCUUGUUUUGGAAACUCAAAUGGCGGCCAUCAAGCAGCAGAUGGACUCACGCCACCGGGAUCUGAAGGCCUCCAUUGCUACUCUUGCGGCUUCGACGAAGGCUGACAUCGACGCCCUGACUGCUUCAUUGGAGAGCUGGCGGGACAAUUCUCCGUUCUGUUCUCCAUGGCACACGACUUGCACUCGGUUCGCCGAUCCACAGCAGUUCAGUAUGCCACCGCGUCGGUCGUUGAUUCUGGAUCAUCAUGAGCGGGUGCCUUCUUCCACUUCUCUGGGCAAUCUGACUCGACCACCCUCACUGCUUCUUUGAUGCGAACUCAGGCGACUUCACCGAUUCACUCACCACCGCGUAACAAUUACGAUCAUCGCCCUGAUCAUCACCACUUCCGGCAUUAGUUGCGUUGACCGCCAAUUGUGGAUCCCUAUCAUCGUCUUGAGUUGCCCUAUUUAUCUGGUUCAGAUCCUCAUGUGUGGGUGAGAAAAUGUAACGAACUCUUCCUGCUUUACUCAAUUCCAGAAGAUCAGAAGGUCAAUUUGAUUUCGUCCUAUCUGGAAGGGAGAGCUCACAUAUGGUUAGAAGGCUGGUCUUUCCGGCGUUUUCCUUUGCUUUGGGGUGAUUUUGUCAAUGGGUUGCUUCUUCGGUUUGGGAGUCAAGAGCAUAUGACUGUCGUCGCGGCGUGCAAUCAGCUUCAGCAGCCGUCGUUCCUCCCUUUGUUGAUUUCCGAGCAAACUUGGUUAGUGGGAGACUCCCAGGUUCAUACUCAAGCCACUUCUUCCUCGUUUCCUUUACUCGGGCCAGCUCCAUGCUUGAAUUUUCUGGAUACGCCUUCUACUCGGUUGCCUUUUGUUCGGACAGUUUCAUGUGGUUCUCAAACUGCCAAAACCCCAGUCUCUUCUCCUUCAGGGGUUCGCACCCUAGACUUUCCACAUAACGCUUCUUUCUUAGGGGUUCUCAAUCUCACUGAUACUCUUAACCAGAAGAUGAUUUCUGUCGUAGCCAUUGAUCAGAUUCUUACUGUUGAAGAGGCAGCUUUCAUUUUUGGUGAUCCUUGUCCUACUGAGUUUGUGUUUGGGAUCUUUGGUUGCAUUAUCGAGUCCGGCAAUGCCAAUUGGGGUUACGAGUUUCGCAUCUUCCCAACUUUCUAUGGCAUCCUUAGGCAUUUCCAUGGCAGUAGGAAUCAUGAUGAUUUCAAAGGCCCUUAUAAAGAUUGUGAUUUUCG